CCCUGGAAAGUAAAAGAAAAGUUAUCAUUUGCAUUCAACACAAAGCGAGGCUUUUGUUUAUGUUUCUUUUUCCUCUAAAUCUGAGAAAUGUGUGGAGGGGCUAUUAUCUCUGACUUCAUUCCAGCGGCGGUGACGGACACCUCUCGCCGUCUCACCGCCAAUUACCUGUGGCCCGAUUUGAAGAAGCGGACCUCACGGAAAUCUGAUUUGGACGAUGACUUUGAGGCUGAUUUCAGGGAAUUUAAAGACGAUUCCGACUUCGACAUCGACGACGACGACAAACCCUUUGCUUUCGCUGCCUCCUCUCGUCGGUCUCCGGCUGCAAAAUCUGUGGCAUUCAAAGGUCGAGCUGAGAAGUGUGCAAAGAGAAAGAGGAAGAAUCAGUAUAGGGGAAUCCGUCAACGUCCGUGGGGAAAAUGGGCUGCUGAGAUCCGGGAUCCAAGAAAGGGGGUUCGUGUCUGGCUGGGAACCUUCAACACUGCAGAAGAAGCUGCAAGAGCUUAUGAUGCUGAAGCACGGAGGAUUCGUGGCAAGAAAGCCAAGGUGAAUUUCCCCGAGGAGGCACCAGGUUCUUCUGUAAAACGUUCCAAGGUAAAUCCACAGGAGUAUCGGAAGACAGUUCAGCCAAAUCUGAGUCACAAGUUCAAUGCUGGCAAAAAUUACGAAGACUAUUGUUGUCCUAUGGAUCUGGUGGAACAGAAACCCGUAGUUAGCCAGUAUGCUAACAUGGGUUCCUUCCAUGGCAGUGGAAAUGAGCUCACAUCCCUUGCUUCUUCUGAUGAUGUGACCCUUUACUUCAGUUCAGAUCAGUUGUGUAACUCAUUUGAUUAUGCAGAUCUUGGGUCGAGUGAACAAGGCCCCAAGACUCCUGAGAUACCAUCCAUACUUUCUGCUCCUCUGGGUUGUGAAUCUCAUCUUGUACAUGACGCCAACCUGCAGAAUAACAUGCAGACCAACUCUCAGGAUGUGGUAUCUAUGCAAGAUAAUUCUGCAAAGACACUCUCUGAGGAGCUUGUGGAUAUUGAAUCUCAGUUGAAGUUCUUUCAGAUGCCUUAUCUUGAAGGGAACUGGGAUGAUACUUCAUUGGACUCCUUUCUGUCUUGUGACACAACUCAGGAUGGUGGAAACCUGAUGAACCUUUGGAGCUUUGAUGACAUUCCUUCCAUGGCUGGCGGAGUUUUCUGAGCAGCUUUUUCUUGCUCUCCCUGUGUAUGUAAAUAAAGCUACAAAUUAUUUUUCAUUUUUCUUCAGGGUUCAUUAAUUUUGUUUUUUGGUUUUUGUUGCAUUUAUUGCUCUCUUGUUGGACACAACCCUGCAUGUGUCUAAAGAAGAUAGAAUGUUAUUUCCAUUUCUGUUGCUUUCUGGAAUGGUUGUCAUCUGUGUGGAAGUUGGAGUUAAAACAAUUAACUCGCUCAAGCUUGUGUGGAGUUUAUUCUCUUGUAUCUAAAAUAUGGGACUAUAUAAUUAUUUAGGUGUCCUUUGCCUUGUCAAAGACCUUAGUUGAUGUUCGAGGGUGAUUAUAUAUGAUCUGUGAAACAGUUUUGGUUGCUGAUAA